AUGGAGCGGCUUCAGACCAUGAAGAGGAGACCAGCCGAGGUCCUCUUCGACGGCAAGGGCGGAAUCCUCAAGAACCUGGACGCAGCACUUGACACUGUCGCGGAAUUCCUUGGCCGAAACGGCUGGGUGGCGUGUGAGUUGGGAGCUCAUCAAAGCCUGAUGGCAAGAGCCCUAGAGGAGGCGAAAUCUCUGAAACCUCGCAUGUCCUGUGGUACCACGGUGAUCCAGAAUGAGAUCAUCGAUCCGACGACACCAAAUGCAGACAGGGAGGACAAGGUCCUUUUCCUGCAAGAACAGGGACUCAGUGGUCCCAGUGCAGCCAAGGGCCCUGCGCCAACACUGGCCUUGCUUGAAAGCGCCGUCAUCGACAUUGUCAUGCAUCUAGAUCCCCGGCUGCAGAGAAGUGGGCUUCGGCUGCGAAUCACCGAGCGUUGUGAUGGAAUGCUCUCGAAUUACGAGAAAGGUGGUGCUUACAGUGCACACAUUGACAAUGCGGAUGGUGAUGGACGCGUUGAUGGGCGAGUGCUGACUGCAGUCUUGUACCUCAACGUGGGAUGGGACAGGUACGCUGGUGGUGAACUUGCUAUAUUUCAGCCAGAUCACGGAGACAUUGGCGAUGCAAAUUGCAACGGCAAGUGGAACAUGAUCUACCCGGAAGCGGGUACCCUGGUCUUCCUCCGCGCAGAUCAUGUGCUGCACGAAGUCAGGGGAGCCCAUGCAGAGCGCUAUGCACUGAGCGUGUGGUUUUGCGGGCAGCAUGCCGACUAUGGCGGCUCUUAG